UAUUAUAAAAUAGAUCGGUUCCUGUCGUCACCCGUCGGGGCAAAGUCUAUUACUGCUAAACAGCUGAGCACGAUUCUCUGUCCACUGGCUAUUACAAAUUCAAACCAAAUGUGCUCAGUUCUUAUCUAUAGUCAUGUAUCAGUCGGACGCGACGCCUGAGUCAACGACAUUCCACUUCUCAGGAUAGUGCUGUUGGAAUAAUUGAAGAAAUCCAAAUCAUUAUCAAUACAGAUCGAGAUGUCCGACAACCAGACACAACUGCAGGCUGUAUGGUGUCACCAAAAUCAGCCACAACAGCAGCAAAUUCAGGGGCAACAACGGGAGCGGCGACAGUCGGUGACCCAGGAGAUGAGCUUGGAGUGCGCCAGGGACUUGGAGUGCGACAAGUGCGCGCGCAUGUUCCCGACCAAGAGGUUCUUGGCUCAGCACUUGGCGCCGGACAAGCGCAAGUGCCAACUGUGCUGCAAACGGUUCCGGCACGUUAGCAACCUGGUAAACCACGUGCGAGUGCACACAGGCGAAAAGCCGUACACGUGCGUGGUGUGCCGCAGGUCGUUCGCACAAGUAGGAAACCUGCGCACGCACAUCCGCGGCGUCCACUCCGGCCACACGCCGUACGCGUGCAACGUCUGCGGCCGGCAGUUCACGCAGAUGGGCAACCUGGCCACGCACAAGCACGUCCACGACGCCAACAAGCCGUACGCGUGCGACGAGUGUCGGGUGUCUUACUGUCAACAGUACCAAUUGGUCAGGCAUCAAAAGAAACAUCGCGUAAACGUUUCUUCAGGUCCUUCGUCACAAUCUCAGCGUCAUUAGGGAUUGCGGUUAAUUGAUCAUCAUCAUCAUAAUCAGUAUUAUUAUAAUUAUUAUCAACAGAUCGUGGUGUAUGUCUCACUCCCAAGAGGCCAGGAGAAAAAUUGAAGACUACAACUAUUAUAAUUUAAAAAUAAUAUUAUGUAUAAAGUAUAUUGCAAUAUAGAGUCUCUACGAUCGCAAUAUUAUAUUUCAUUGUUAUUCUGCAAACAGGAGGCUCGAACAGUUAUUUAGUAUCUAAUAUUAAUUAUGUUUUUAUUUGUAUAAUUAUAUUUAGAUACUUGUCGUCACUCGCCGCGAACAAGUAAACAAAAUUUACAUUUACAUUUAUCCCGAAGAGAUGAGGAGUAUUAAUUAAAAAUAAAUUUUUGUUUGUUUUAUCUUUA